AUGCUCUUUGGAUUGAAAGCGUUGUCCGAGGAUGUAUGCGAGCUCGUGGAAAGAACUGAUCGUGACUGCAACUCCUACGAUGAGCUAAAGGAUGACGAAUACUUGUGCGAAGCAUUCAAAACCCGUACUGAGACCGACGCCACUCUUUGCACUUCGAAAUUUGGCCACGUCGAUAAUGGAAUGAACUUCAUUCUUCUUGUGGGAAUAGUUUGCCUCGUUGUUUCAGUCGCAACUUGUGUGGUGCUCGCUUUCUGUUAUUUCAAGCACAUGUACAUAAUUUACGACUGCAGAAAAGCCGCGAAUUCAAGCUCUAAAUCGCCCUUACUAAAAGGAACACCAAUCAAUUCGCCAGGACAUGAAAAUAGAAGCUACGAUGCGACAAACAAUGUCUACGCUAACAAUCCAGAAUUAAUGAAGAAGUAG